CAAUAUCACAUGUCGUUGAUUUAUUUUCAAAUAGCGGUAGUACAGCUCGUUCAGAGUGUCAUUACAGGCUCUGCAUUUCCCAUUGCUCAUCAGAUCUGAAUGUUCGUUUGUGUCGUUUGGUGUCUGUGAAGAAUCUGUGCUUGAUGGGAGUCCGAAUAACCAUAUUUUUUCGGUAUGUAUUCGACGGCUUCCAGAAGUACAAGGGGGCGUAGAAAACAGGCCAAACCGCAACGAAAAGUUGAAACAAGUGUUCCUGAUCCACAGAAUUCCGGCCAAGUGAAUGCAGAAGAGUAUUCGAUGGUGCCUGACAAAAACUACAACGAAACUACAUCGAACACUAGUGAUAUUGUGGGACCCAGUGUUAUUGUUGGUGAUACAGGUGAUGACAAUUCAUGUUCUUCUACAAAAGCAUCAUGGACUAAAGAAACUCCAGUUGGCGAUGAAAAGUGCAUCGACUUCAUUGAUACACUCGGGCUGUCAACCUCAUUAUGCGCUGUUCCCCCCCUUACAAAUGGAGCAAUCAAAGAAGAAGACAUAGGCCCACACACAGACUACAUAAAAUGUUCGCAGUGUCAAAAAUCUUGCGGGACUUUUCUUGCAUUGAAAGAACACAUGGAAACGUUACAUGCCGAUCUGGCAGCAUCUUCAGAGAAUGGAAACUCCUCCAAUCACAGUGCAUUGUCACCAACACCAAGUCUGGUUAGUUCUUUAGGACCUUUCGCUUGCUCACAAUGUACUAGUUCGUUUCCCUCCAAGGAUCAGUUGGAGAAACAUGAACUACUACAUUCUCCCAACGGCCAAGUGUCUUGUAAAAUCUGCAAUAAAACAUUCGCCAACGUAUACCGUCUUCAACGUCACAUGAUCAGUCAUGAUGAGAGUGCUGUCCUCAGAAAAUUCAAGUGCACAGAAUGCGAUAAAGCUUUCAAAUUCAAACAUCACCUCAAAGAGCACAUACGAAUCCACAGCGGAGAAAAGCCCUUCGAGUGUGGUAACUGUGGAAAGCGAUUUUCGCACUCUGGCUCAUAUUCUAGUCAUAUGACAUCGAAGAAAUGCUUGGUUAUGAAUAUCAAGCUUGGUAGAACGAGAGCACCCGUCAAUUCGCUCAUGGACAAGAAUGUCCAUCAGAAUGGUCGCUUGCUCAAACGAUGCAACGACAGUCCAAUGAACAACAACAUUUCAAAUAGUCCAGAUCACAAUUCAUUUAUGCCAAUCCUCCCCAAGUACACAGAUGCUGCAGCAGCCGCCUUUUUGCAAUCCUCCUUAGCUGCAACUUCACCAGUAGCACCUUUCUAUCUCACACCUCCUGCAUUACUGAAUGCACCUCACCCACAUAACUACAAUUUCCCAACAUUAAGCCAAAUUCUGGACCACAUACAACAAAGAAAUUCCCCUGCAAGACAUACCGCCCCUGCAGAAUACAAUGAGAGUCAAAACGAGGACAAUCUCAAAGAAAAGGAGAUAGAUGUUGAGUCUCCUCAGGAAGAUCAAAUAGACAAUCCUCCCAAAUCAAAUGAUUCUAGUUGUGGAGAUCUAGUCAUGGAUGAAGACGUUGAAAACCAAGAAGAAUCUAGACAAGACGUGAAAGACAACGGUGAAUUGGAGGCUGUUAAAAGGAUUUUGGAAACUGUGAACGCAUCUGUUACCAAACAAUUUCUACAAGCCAAUAUGCAGAAAUUUUCUUCAGAUUCGUCCAAUAACAGCGAUCGCCAAAGCAAUGCUUCUCCAUUAUCUCCAAAACCAGAACCCUCAAAUAGGUGCAAUAAUUGCAGUAGAAUAUUCGCCACUGCCGAACAAAUGAGUGAACAUAAAUGUGAUAACAAAAGUGAAGGACUAGCUGCAAGAUUGGAAGAAGUCGUUGCUAUGAAAUCUGAAGAAUUUCGAAAAGAUAGAAGCGAUAGUUUCAGUGGUAACGAAGACCAGGACUACGACAGAACAAAAGGUGAUGAUGAGAUUUACUGUGAAUCUGCUGUAACCACUACCGAUCACUUAGCUGAAGAUGGCAGGAAAGUACGUGUUAGAUCUUUGAUUUCCGACGAACAACUGAAGAUACUGAAAGAAAGCUACGCUUUGAACCCUCGACCAAAACGAGAAGAAUUAGAAAAAAUUGCUGCCUCAAUUGGAUUCGCAGUGCGAGUUGUCCAAGUUUGGUUUCAAAACACGCGUGCCAGAGACCGUAGAGAAGGUAGAUUGAUACAUGUGCCAUAUAGUCCAUUAACCACUCAGAAAUUCUCCCCAAUUGGACAUUCCUCAAGUCCUCAUAUGAUAAGUAAUAAAAAUGAGAAUGAUUCUUAUUCAAACCAAUACGCCGACGACGAACCAUUGGACCUUUCAGUGAAGCGAAGUCGCUCUUUCGAAUCUACCCCAUCAAGUUCCCCCACAAGACCUACCUCAGCAAAUCCUAAAUCAGAAUUCUGUGAUGAAGUUGUUAAUCUCAGUAGAAAAUCGCCGAGAAGUCCAUUGCCACCAUAUAUGCCCUAUUCGACCAGUUACCACAACUCUAAUUCUUCAGAGCUUCCCACUGCUUCAUCUCCCUCAGAAGUAACAAACAGUAGCCGUCUAGCGCAAAUCCUAGCUCAGCCUCCGCACAAGUUGAACUUACCCGGCAUGGGCAUGGUACCCAUGGAACAACUGAUGCAGUUUGGCGUGACGGAUCUACCAAGUUUGACCCAAUUAAUAAACAACAACCAGAUUCCCAAUGGUCUCAGUCCGAACCAUGAGAAGAAAUGGAACGAUUAUAAAGACAUUAAAGUAGAAGUAGGAGAUGAGGAUCCCGCCAAUUUAUCGAAAAGAUUGAAGAUGUCCCACUACAUGCUGAAAAGCUUAGGCAGUCCUCUAUUGGGUAACCAUGAACAAGAACUUGAAGGCCAGUUCAUAUGUGAUCAGUGUGAUAAAGCAUUCUCCAAGCAAAGUUCUUUGGCAAGGCACAAAUAUGAACAUUCAGGUCAGAGACCACAUAAAUGUGAUGAGUGCACAAAGGCCUUCAAACACAAACACCAUUUGACGGAACACAAGCGUCUACACAGUGGUGAAAAACCAUUCCAAUGUACAAAAUGUCUGAAACGUUUCUCCCAUUCAGGAUCCUACAGCCAACACAUGAACCAUAGGUUUUCAUACUGUAAACCAUACAGAGAGUAAACUGAACCCUCCUCAGUUCAAUUGAACUACCAACUUUAUUGUUUUGGAAACAAUUGAUGUUAAUUGGUAGGUGUAUAUAUUAUGUAGUUAGUUCUAACUAUUCAAGAAACUCAAUUUGCAAAGUUAUUAUUAUCAGGUAUAAACCUGAUCUUUUUUGUCGAUCUUUGCCGGCUUUUGUAAAAUUGUAUGUGCAAUUCGAUGCUCAGAAUUUGGUUUCAAAGUGAUACACUUGAACUUAUUUUUCAAGAAAUUAUAUUUUAUUUUCGUUAUUUUCAUGAUAUUUCUUAUUUUUGAUCUGUAAAUAAAUUGUCUGUGGUACCUGUAUCAAAAUACUCAAAAUGUAUUCGGUUUCAACAGUGCCAGGGAAUCAAAUGUCUUCCACCACUUACUAAUCUGGGUGGUGUUAGUAUUUUAGCAGCAGGGGCACUAAGGCAAUAUUUCAUGAUAUGAAGUAGUCAUAUGUGCAAUCAUUAGUUUUGAAAAUACUUGCGGCAAAAUAUUAAAUUGAUUGCUACAAAACUGUCACAAUAUAAUUUUCAAAGCAUCUGUCUGGUAGUUAAAUUCAAAUUUCAAUAAUUUUCAUUUUCAACUCUUAUUAGUAGCAGAACAAAAACAAGGUGAAAUUCCAUAGAUUCUCAAUUUACUCAUUUUUAACUUCAAUUUUAUAACAUAACUCGCAGAGGACAACAAUUUUGUAGCCAUUAAUUAAUGAAAGAUUUUCAUGAAAUUCUUAUUUUUGUAUUAAAAUAGAAGUAUAUAGAAGAUGUGCUAUAAAUAUUAUUAAUGUAAGGGCCGAGCCAAAUACUGAAAAGUUUAACUGUAAAUUUGUGUGAUGUAAAUAUUAGGUUUCAUAACAUCGAUUUAAAGUAAAAAAAUAUUGGAUUGGUGAAAACUUGAACAGGUUGUUCAGGUAAAGUACAAUAAUGUAGGCAACAGUUAAAAGCCACAAUAUUUUGAGGUAACAUGACAAUACAUAGUGCUGAUGUCUUAAACAAUACAAUGAACAAAUGGUGCAAGUCAGUUAUCCUAAAUUUUAUAGCAUUUUUUAUUCAUAAGAAAUCGCAUAAACAGUCAGUAAGUUGGUUAAACAUUUUUUUAGAGUAUUUUAUUAAUGAAUCAUUCCAAAUUAUGUACCUAAUAUGUUGUUUCCAGUGUAAUGAGCUAAUGUAUAGGAUUUGUUGACAAUAAGAUGUAGCCAUUUGAUAAAAAACAAAUAUAUAUAUACUUAUUACUGCUAAUGUUAUUGAAGAUAAUGUAGCAUUUAUUUAAAAAAUCUCAGUGAGACCGUGAGAAUUUCCCCUUAUUGAUUACUAUAUUAUACAAUAUAUUGAUAUUAAAGACGUAUAAAUUUUACCUAAGAAGACGCUAUAUGAAAAUUAUAUGUAUAGGUUUAUUCUGUAUAUAAGAAUAUAUGUAAAUGUUUAUUAUUUUUUUUUAAUUAAUUUUCAAAUUUGUUUAUUUGGUUGUAUAUAUGAUUUACUAGAUUAAAGAAAAUGUGCCAUAUGUAUUUUUUUAUUUGUUAUUUUUUAUUUUUGUUACAUUGUUCAAAAAUACGAUGGCUAGUAUAACCAAAGAUUUUGUAAUAUAUUUAGCCAUUAAUCCACUGAUAAUUUCUCACGAUGACCUAUGUUACCCUAUUUUUUAUAUUAGAUAUUGUAUAAAAUAAAUUUAUAUGUGUAUUUUUAUUUCAAGUUGGAAAAUGUAUUUUAAUCAAUCGAAUAAACUUUUGAUUCUAA